UUAAUUUAGUAUCAACUGUCAUUCUCAUUAUCAUGGCGGAGGACGAAGACGGUGUUUCAAAUAAAAAUUCACCACAAAAUUCAAACGAUGCGGACUCGAAUCAGGAAAACGAACAGAAUGCUGCAAAGCCAGACCUAGGAAUUGAAGAAGCGAAGUAUAAUAGCCAAGAAAAUGGCCAUACGUCGCCCACAAAGCCCAAAAGUUCCUCAACUAAGUCAACCGGGGCCGUGCGUAAGGAAGAGAAUCCGUUUUCGUUUCGGCACUUCCUCAAGAGAGAUCUUUCGUUGCCGGGACACUCUACUUACGAGCACACUGGUGCCAGGCCUAAGGUUUACUCAAACACAGUGCAACAUUCGCCUACUAAAGUAGACGUUCACACAGAAUCUAGACGUGAGAAAAGUCGUCAGCCUGAUAAUCAAACCAAAGAUAAAACCGGCGAGGGUGCCAGCCAUCGCCUAAGUGAUAACGUACCUUCGACUAGUUCAAUGGACGUACCGUUUAGUGCAGUAGGGACUUCAAAUUCUAAGAAUAACUUUUAUUCAGAAAAUGAUAAUGUACAGUUUUAUCAUAGACCGAAUUUGGCAUCUGAGCCGAUGGGGAUGCCGUCCCUGCCUGACUUUGUACAAGACCACAUCCUAGUGGAACAGGCUUACUUACAUUCAAAUGGACCGAUUUCAUUGGACUUGGAUAAUCUACCAGACUUUACAUUUAAUACUAACUUUAAUGCUGGUUCAUCUUCAUCGUUGGGAAGGAGAAAUGACAAUAAUUAUGUUGGAAAUAGAGGCUAUGAUUAUGAUCCAUAUAUGGGGGCGUCAACAUCUUCUGAUUCAGGACCAUCAAACAGGAACAUCCCACUGGACUUGCCGGCAGGGGCUGAAGCAGCCGGCCCUGUACCACUCGACCACCCCAUGCAUCUCAGUUUAGAUCUUACUGAAUCUGUGAAUCCUUCAGAUAGAAGGAAUAUGUCACCCAGAAACCAGUUUCCAUUGGAUCUGCCACCAAAUGCAGGUGCUGAAUCUAAACGUCUACCGGAUUUUCUGCCUGUACACCCUGGUAGAACAUCUCCAGAACCGGAGCACCAGGAUGAGCAGCUGCAGCAGAUCAUGAAUGAGCUGGAGAGAACCAGGUCGGAGUUAUUCACGGAGCGAAGCCGACGAUGCCGUGCUGAAGAGGAGGCUGCCGUAGCACGCGCGCGCCAGGCUGAGAGUGAGCGCGCGAUGAGGGAACACGUGUGCGCACCCGUUGUUGAUACUGUCUUCCCUGGAGUGCUCCUCGAUCCUAGGCUCGUGCCUGCCGCCCCACUCACACCAAUGGCUGAGGCUAGAAGUGCUGACCCCGAAGUUGUAUCAAAAUUGAAAAAUGAAAUAAAAAAAUUAAAGGAGCAGCUGCGGGUGUCUCAGGAGGAGGUGCGGGGUCUGCGCGGGGCACAGGUGGGCGCUGCUGCAGACCUGCGCCGCGCCUCCAGGCUCGCUGAGACAUCGCUCAGAGAGCUAUUGGCGGGUCUAGAGCAGCUGAACACUCUGAGCUCGCGGCUGGAUCCAACAUGAUGGGAUACAAUGAGCAAGAUUUAUUGUCGCCAACAUUCGACUGCUCCGACAACGAUCUGACACAAUCCCGCCCUUCGCAAACGAACACCAAUUCCCGCCUCAUCUGACGUUUGCUGUCAAAGUGACGUCUGCUAUCUGUCAAAAGUGAGUUUGCGCGGUGACAGCUGACGGCUCUGGAACAUUCCAUUUGGUGAGUUUGUUUCAUUAUGGACAUAAAGUCUAUAUUUUUUGGUUAAUGAUAUUAAAAAAGUGAAAUUGUUUGAUAAAAUUAAGAAUUGUAUUUGUUAAUACAUAUUUUAUAUAAGUUAUCAGGAAGCUUAUGAGGAAUAUUUCAGGGCUGUCAAUUCUAACCUCAAAAACUGUAAUAUUGUUUCAAAAUAUUGCAGUUUUUUUUUGUAAAUUACAAUUUGAGAUGCUUGAGUAUGUCGAUGUAUAAUUAAUAACUUAAGUUAGCGGAAUUAUGUUUUUUUAUAACUUAAGAGUUCCUGCAAUUCUUU